UCAGCAUGGCCAGCUAUCCGUACGGGCAGGGCUGCCCAGGAGCUGCAGGACAAGCGCCCGGAGCCCCUCCAGGUGGCUACUACCCUGGACCCCCCCACGGUGGAGGACAGUAUGGCAGUGGGCUGCCCCCUGGGGGUGGCUAUGGGGGUCCUGCGCCUGGAGGGCCAUAUGGACCACCAGCUGGUGGAGGGCCCUAUGGACACCCCAUCCCAGGGGGCGUCCCUCCUGGAGGACCCUAUGGUGGGGCAGCCCCAGGAGGCCCCUAUGGGCCACCACCUCCAAGUGCCUAUGGAGCCCAGCAGCCCGGGGCUUACGGACAAGGUGGCGCCCCUCCCGGUGUGGAUCCUGAGGCCUACUCCUGGUUCCAGUCAGUGGACUCCGAUCACAGUGGUUACAUCUCCAUCAAGGAGCUAAAGCAGGCGCUGGUCAACUCCAACUGGUCCUCGUUCAAUGACGAGACGUGUCUCAUGAUGAUCAACAUGUUUGACAAGACAAAGUCAGGCCGCAUAGAUGUCUACGGAUUCUCGGCCUUGUGGAAGUUCAUCCAGCAGUGGAAGAACCUCUUCCAACAGUAUGACCGUGACCACUCUGGCUCCAUCAGCUACACAGAGCUGCAGCAAGCUCUCUCCCAGAUGGGCUACAACCUGAGCCCCCAAUUCACCCAGCUCCUGGUCUCCCGCUACUGCCCACGUUCUGCCAGUCCUGCCAUGCAGCUUGACCGCUUCAUUCAGGUGUGCACCCAGCUGCAGGUGCUGACUGAGGCCUUCCGGGAGAAGGACACCGCCGUACAGGGCAACAUCCGGCUCAGCUUCGAGGACUUUGUUACCAUGACAGCCUCACGGAUGCUCUGACCCAGCCUGUCUGCAGCGUGGAUUGCCCCGGGGGCCUCUCAUGGCUCCUUAGAGCAGCGGGAAGGAUGUGGGCCGCUCCUCUUUUCCUGCCCUUCCUAGAAAAAGAUUCUCCUUUGCUGAUGCAGCACACUCAGAGAGGCGAGAGUCCUGUGUGUCCACCAAAUAAUGGGGAACCUAGGUUGAGGCCACACAGUUAAGGAUCUGACCUAGGAGAAAAGUGAAGGACUGAGCAGUUGAGUGGCACCGCCUGGCCCCAGGAGCAGGAGCUGCAAUCACUGCAGUGCAGUUGGUGUGUGGCCAGCUGGGCUUGGGCUCUGGCUUUCCCUUCCACACCCUGAUGCCAGGGUAAGUGCACUGGUCUCUUAGCACUAGCACCUGUUUCCUCCCCCAGACUGUCCUGUCAGAUGAGUCCAGUUUUGCCAAAGUGGAGUUGAUCUGGCCUGAUCAUGGGACCAGUGGCUUGCCAUGUCCCACCCCCACAGUUCGCUGUGAGUCAACCUUCUAGCUGCCUUGGGGCUGUCUGUCCUGGGAGCAAGAACAGGUUGCUCCGGACACCUUGGACACCUUUGGCUCGGCUGUGCUCCUUGUGGCUUGGACCCCUCCCUGUCCUGCAGACUUUAUUCCCCGGGGGACAGUUGUCAUCUCCCACUGCCAAUGCUUUUUUUGUCUGUUUGUUUGUUUCUAGUUUUUUCAUUUGGGGCCAAAAGUCCAGUGAAACUGUAAGCAUCAAUAAAAGGAUGAAACUCCAA